AUGUAUGCUUCUACUUCCUUUUCUUCACCACUCCUCCAUGAACUUCUUGUGGGAUCUCACACAAGAAGGUUACUAUUCCAAGGACCUAUUGAUCGUCAAUCAUUAACAACCUCCCAAGUUCUCACACACAACAAUUCAACAAAUAUAUAUUUUGGUCUUAGCGAAACUGAUGCAAAUGUUGUGAUGAUACUUGCAGUUCUAAUAUGUGCUCUUAUUUGCUCACUUGUAUUAAACUCCAUCAUAAGGUGUGCUUUAAGGUUUUCAAACAUGGCCAUCAACAAUAACGCUUCUUCGAGUUCGAGCAGCAACUCUUCACCUCAAUCGGUCAACAAAGGAAUCAAAAAGAAGGCUCUCAAAACAUUCCCAAUAGUGAGUUAUUCAACUGAACUGAAAUUACCUAGUUUAGAUACGGAGUGUGUGAUAUGUCUCUCAGAGUUUACUAAGGGUGAAAAUGUACGCAUUUUGCCAAAAUGCAAUCAUGGUUUCCAUGUUCAUUGCAUUGACAAAUGGCUAAAGGCACACUCAUCAUGCCCCAAGUGCAGACAGUGCCUCCUUGAGACUUGUCGAAAGAUUGUUGGAUCGGAAGCACCACCACCUAUGUUGCCGGUGCCAGAAUCUAUUAUAACGAUUCAACCACUAAACCGUGAAGCUGUUGAGCGUAGCUAUUGGGAAGAAAGCAGACAAAUGUUCAUUACAGUUUGAAUAUUUCCACUUCUUUAAGUUGAGCCUAAAUAUAAAUUAUACAUUACUUAAAGGUUUGAGUGCAAUUGUUUUUCAAUAACAUUCUGCAAUAAGUGUUUAUUCUGUAUAGGUUUUCAUAUCAAGUGAAUUUAUGUAGAUUAUUAUCCUAGCGAGAGAUUCUUGGUAAAGAUAAGAAUAAAGGGAUUGUUUUU